UGACAACCGCGAAACCACCCAACCCACCCCCACCACAUUUUCACGCCUUGGCGGCCAUCAUGGCCGCCUCUGCUUCCUUCCGCUUCCUCUCCCCUCCAGCACCGAACCCGCAUGAUAGGAUACACCCUUCAUUCCUCGCAUGCCCGACGCGCCGGCGCAGGCUCCGGGCCACCCGCUGCUCGUCCACGCCGCAACCGGCGCCAUCGCCGCCGCUCGAGUUCCCCCUCCUCCCAUUCCAGCCCGCAGAGGUGUUGAUUCCAUCUGAAUGCAAGACCCUGCACUUAUAUGAAGCAAGGUAUCUAGCAUUGCUAGAAGAGGCUUUGUAUAAGAGGCAAAAUUCUCUUGUACACUUUGUCCUUGAUCCAGUUUUAUCAAGCUCUUCCAAGGAUUCGUUCGCUGUAAGAUAUGGUUGUUUGGUGCAGAUAGAAAGUGUUCAAAAGCUGGAUUUUGGAGCAUUAGUGUCAAUUAGAGGUGUAUGCCGUGUGAACAUCAAGAACCUUCUUCAGAUGGAGCCCUACUUGCGUGGUGAUGUUUCUCCUAUGAUGGACAAGUCUUGCGAUGGCACUGGAUUGGGCCUGAGAAUUUCCAGACUAAGAGAGUCCAUGUGCAAUCUGCACAGCCUACAGAUGAAGCUGAAGGUGCCUGAGGAUGAACCGCUGCAAACAAACAUCAAGAGCUCUCUAAUGUGGUCUGAGAAAGAAACUUUCGAAGGGUACGACGAAGAAUUUAUCCCUGAGCUCGUAGAGCGUCUCUCUUUUGCCGCGUACCAAUCAGUUUCAGGUAUGUCAGAUGCAGAACUUCUUACUCUGCAAAAAUACAAGAUAAAGGCAAUGGAUUCAGCAGACACUCUGGAAAGAGUAAACAGCGGAAUUGAGUAUGUAGAACAUAAUAUCGGUAUGAUUGCCGCGAGACUGGCAAUUCAGAAUAUAUGACCCUCGGAUCUUGGUACCGCUUACUCAAUCACUUGCAUAUGCCAUCAUCAUCAUCGUCAUCGUCAUCGUCAUCGUCAUCAUCAUCAGAGAUGUAAAUACGUAUACUUCUAAGAUCUAACUGAUGCUCAUGAUCCACAAAAACAUGUAGUUACAUUCUCUGACAUCAAAAGGUUUCCACUUAAUUUGCAUCUGUGCUGUAUGCAAGGAGAGGUUCAAGUAGAACAGCUUGAUUAUUUUUGAUACACUUGAUGUACAUUCAGAGAGUAAGACGACAGUGCAGACUGAAUAUACUCUCGCAACUUCAUUUCCGAGAACUCACAGCUCUGUUUUCCCACCACCUUUGUAUCAGUUCGGUCAUUUGGGCUUUAUAUAUAUAAAGUUGGACAAAA